UAUUUUAUUCAUAUGAAAUAAAAUUAAAUGUCCUCAUCUCCUUUUUCGUCACGGAUGAUUAGAAAAUCGUGAUCAAGAUCGGUUCUCCGCGAGAGAAAAUCGGCUUAGCUGUAUUUAGAUUUCUGUAAACAUAUGAGUGACGUCAACUGUGUGUUUAUGUCCGUACCAAGGGGACAGCCAAUGUUGAGAUUUGUCUGACUGUGUCAAAAUGGAGAAAUUUAAGAUUUGGAAUUAUCUUUUCCUGGUGCUUUUAACCUUGAUUUUAUAUAUCAGUUAUGUCACAGCGGGUUCCUAUUGUUAUUAUUCCUACUACUACUACAGUUACAGAUGCUACUAUUACUAUUAUUAUUACUACUAUGGUUCCGCGGGGACGAUUGCCGGAGCUGUUGUGGGCGGACUAUUUGGGCUGGCCUGUAUAGUCGGAGUAAUUGUCUUCGUCUGUGUUGUUGUGUGUAAAUGUAAAACCACUGGGGUCAGAGGUCGUGUAGUCCAGCCUGGAACAGGCGUGUCUACAAACGUCACGUAUAUUAAUACGCCAACGACAUACAAUGGCUAUGGAUAUAAUGGGGCUCCACCCAAUAAUGUCGGACCCACGAUGCCUCCAGCAUACACGAACAACCCACCACCGGAAUACCAACCCCCUCCCGCGGCCCCACAGUAUAACGAACCCGCUUACCCCCCGAACCCUCCGCCCCAGUACAACAACGUGAUAAAUGCCCCUCCUCCUACAACUCAUAACUACAGAUAGAAAGAACUGAAUAUGGAAAGACAUGUUGUAUUUUUUGCAAGAGUGAGAGUCAUUUCACACUUUAUAAACAACUGUUAUUUUUCCCCAUUUUCUUCCAAAUUUUGUGUCUUCUUGAUUUUGAUGCAUAAUUUUGAUACAUUUUGAAAUUAAUUUUUCAAAAUAUUAUUUGUAACAUAUAUUUGUUGUUGAGCCAAAUUUU